AUGGAUGCUCUUAAAAACCUGUCAACACUUCAUGAUUUCUAUGCUAAGCUUGAAGUGGCCAAAGAUGAAGAAGUUGACACCCACCACAUCCUUCUUGAACCAAAGGGUGGCUCCCAACUCAUACAAAUUGCCGGUCCGGGCUACGAUGACAUACUGGAAAUGGACCCUGAUGCCAAUGCCAAUGCAGGAAUCAGCGCAUAUAGGAACCAGGCCGACAUUAUAAGUAUCAUGACACUCAGACACGCGCUAGGAAGGAGGGAGAACAACCUGCACUCCAUUUUCGGUACUGGUGUGCACAGGAUCGUCAAUUGCUACAAAAGUCCCGGAAAAUCAAUGACUCAUCAAAGCAAUGGGACCGACAAACAAUAG